AUGUCUCCUUCCACUGAUGCUCCCAAACAAUUCAGCCAACCUUCGCGUAAGGGCAAAAAGGCGUGGCGUAAAAAUGUGGAUGUCACGGAGGUUCAAGAGGGUCUCCGAAUGUUGAAAGAUGAAGAAAUUAAAGGUGGUGUAGUGGCAGAGAAGCCGUCUGAAGAACUGUUCACCAUCGAUACCACCGGCUCAGCAGAAGUCCGCAAAGCAAUCGAGAAACAGCACAAGCCGCUGAAAUCAAACGAAAUCCUUGCCCAACGGUCGGUAAUUCCGGCAGUAGAUACCCGCAAACGCAACAGUUCCAAAGUGACAGAUGGUGUUCUUGAGCCGAAAACUAAGAAACAUAAGAGCGAUUGGAUUACCCGCAAGGAUUGGCUGCGCUUAAAACAGGUAGCUAAAGAGGGCAACCCUGGCAAAAAGGCUGAAAAUGGUGAAUUCUACGAUCCUUGGGCGGAUGCGGAAGACCCAAGGCCUUUGGAUGAUCCGCAAUUUGAUUUCUUGGAGAAGCCGAAGCAGAAGGUCGCGCCUGACACGAUAAGACGAGCCCCAAUCUCACUUGCUGCAAAUGGAAAAGCAGUUCCUGCUAUCCGCACGCCGAAUGCCGGCACGAGUUACAACCCAACUUUUGAGGACUGGGAUCGUCUCUUACAGGAACAAGGUGCUAAGGCGGUAGAGGCAGAGAAGAAGCGCCUGGAAGAGGAACUUAGGGAACAAGAGAGGCAGCGUUUGGUUGCCAAGGCCAGAGACGACGACGGGACAGUAAAGUCUGAUGAUGAAAGUGCUUGGGAAGGGUUUGAAAGCGAGUACGAGACCCCGGAUUGGCUGAAGAAGAAACGCCCCGAGAGAAAAACAAAGGCACAGAGGAACAAGAUCAAGCGACGUAAGGAGGCGGAGAGGCAAGCAAAAUGGGAGGCACAGAUGAAAAAGAAGGAAGAGCAAGUUGAACAGGCUAAAGCUAUCGCUGAGAACGUCCAGCAGCGAGAGCUCGAGCGUACCGAAUUGUCGGAUGACUCCGAGGGAGAAGGCGAUGAUACUGUUUUACGGCGAAAGCCCUUGGGAGGAAAGACCUAUGCACCUGAGCCGAAAUUGGAGGUUGUUUUACCAGAUGAGCUGCAGGACUCACUGCGCCUGCUCAAGCCAGAAGGUAAUCUACUCGACGACCGGUUCCGGACGUUGAUCGUUCAAGGAAAGCUCGAGUCUCGAAAGCCGGUGUCACAGCCUAAGAAGGCGAAGAGAAAGGUAACAGAGAAGUGGGGAUACAAAGAUUUCAAGGUCCCUGGCUUCAAUUGGAAGAAACUCCAGGAGACGCUGAAAAAGGAUACCGUCUCUAGCUCUACGAAACGCAAGACAUCGGACCGAGAGGGCCAAAAUGGUCUGGUGAAGAAACGGAAGACGGAGACAGUAGAAGGGAAAACCAAAUUUGAGCAAUCCCGUGCGCCAAAAAAAGGGAAGAGAAUGACCGACAGCGCUGCACAUGGAGGCAAAGAUGGCGCCCAGGAAGGCGUUGUGAAAACUGUCUCCCGGAAGAGUUCUAUUGCUUCGAUUGCGCCACGGCCUGAAGGGAAGAUUGCAAAGGUUAACGAGGGCCGGUCAAUGAUUGCGGAAUUAGGUAAAUAUGUUGCAAUGGACUGCGAGAUGGUGGGAGUCGGCCCUAACCCCGAUCACGACUCCGCUCUUGCGCGCGUCAGUAUUGUCAAUUUCAACGGCGAACAAGUGUAUGAUUCCUAUGUACGGCCGAAAGAAAUGGUCACCGAUUGGCGAACACAUGUGAGCGGCAUAGCACCGAGGCAUAUGGCGGAAGCCCGGUCCCUCGAACAAGUUCAGAAGGACGUUGCAGAGAUUAUGGAUGGGCGGAUCCUGGUUGGGCAUGCCUUGCGGAACGACUUGGAUGCUCUCCUCUUGAGUCAUCCCAAGCGUGACAUUCGAGAUACUAGCAAACACCCUCCAUAUCGAAAGAUUGCCGCCGGCGGCUCUCCUCGCCUGAAGAUGUUGGCUGCGGAAUUCUUAGGCUUGGAUAUUCAAGGCGGGGCUCAUUCUAGUGUGGAGGAUGCUAGGGCUACGAUGCUUCUAUAUCGACGUGAUAAAGAUGAAUUUGAGAAGGAACACAUGAAGAAAUGGCCUGUGCGAGUAGUGGUUGAGAGGGAGAAAGGAGAUGACCAGAAGAAGAAGAAGAAGAAGAAGAAGAAGACUCGUAAGAGGUGA